GUUCGCUUGAAUGAAGGUUCCAUAGAGCGGGGAGAAGCUCAAAAUCCAGAGCAUUUUCCAAGGGAAGCCAAGAGUCCGAGGGGACACGACAGACACGUUGCACAUAUUGCCUUUGUCCCCAAUUUUGCUGACUGUCACUCUCCAAACCCCCAAAGAACUGCCUUUGGAAGUGUUUCCUCUGUCAAGUUAAAACAAACGCUUAUAGUAGACUCUUACCGUCAGCACAAUAACAAUGAGAUUGAAUGCCCUCCCACGCCUCUUAUGCCGAUUGACUGGGUGCAAUCGAUCUUCCCCUGGAGCAGUUCAUUAUUCGAAAACGACGAGUAGUAGUAGACGAUGCUUUUCUUCUUCUUCUUCCGUGGUAGAUCUUCGCAGUGACACCGUGACGGCACCCUCUCGUCCCAUGCUGGAAGCUGCCUUGACAGCUCCAACGGGGGACGAUGUCAUGGGCGAAGAUCCCACGGUCAUUCAGCUACAAGAAUACAUGGCAGAUUUGGCGGGCAAAGAGGCUGGAUUGUACGUGCCCACAGGGACCAUGGCCAAUCUAGUCUCCAUCAUGGCGCAUUGUCACACUCGUGCGGGAGAAAUCAUCAUUGGUGCCAAUUCGCACAUUUCCUUGUGGGAAGCGGGGAAUGCCGCCAGUUUGGCAGGAGUGCACACGCGACAAUUGCCAGAAACUCCCGACGGUGUCUUGCGACACGACGAUAUUCGGGAUGCCUUUCGGCUCGAUACCGAUGAUCAUUGUGCCAAGACGGCUCUGAUUUGUUUGGAAAAUACACACAACAUGCUGGGAGGAGCCGUACUGAAUCCAGACGACAUUCACGCCACUGGGAAAUUGGCACAUGACGAAUUGGGCAUUCAACUUCAUAUUGAUGGAGCCAGAAUCUUCAAUGCCGUUGUGGCAUCCCAACAAUCACUCCAAAACAUAUGUCAACACGUCGACAGUGUCAGCAUUUGUCUCUCCAAAGGACUGGGCGCUCCACUGGGAAGUGUCUUGGUGGGAGACAAGGAAUUCAUUCGACUGGCCAAACGAGCACGCAAACGAUGUGGAGGUGGAAUGCGACAAGCCGGUGUGGUGGCGGCCAUGGGACUCUAUGCCGUACAGAAUAAUGUGGAGCGACUCGAGCAAGAUCAUAUUCGGGCCAAACGAUUGGGAGCGGAACUGCACAGCAAUGGCUUUUUCUUGCCACGCAAUGGUCAAGUCGAUACCAAUUUGAUCUUUUUUGGACUGCCACCCGACAGCAAAGUCUCACGAGAGGAAUUGAUUCCGCGCCUGCUCAAGGAAUAUGGAAUCAAGCUUUCGGGUGGGUACAGCCGUGGUGGAGAGUUGUUUCGUCUUUGCACGCAUAUGGAUUUAAAUGAUGAGGGUGUAGAUCGAGCUGCGGAAGCAAUUGUGUCACUCUGUUGUGGGCGGCCGUGAUCGGAUGAAUUGAAUCGAACCAAUACACAUAUUCAAGACGAUAGAAGAAAUCGCGAUUGACAGUUUGGAAAUCAUGAGCAACUAAACUAGAGAAAAUACCGGGACCAUUGGCGCAACCCCAGAAUCACCUCCUUUGCAACGACCGGCCAUUUUGCUCAUGCCUUGUUGUGGUGGUGGAGGAUGAUCAACUCUGGUUGCGCGACUUGGGCGGGACAUGUUUUUUUUUCCGACUCGGGCGGUGCUUUUCGGCAUGUUGAUCCCUUUACGAAUUAUUACAGUAAUCCUCAAGCUUUCUAUGUUCGUGUCUGCUGGCCGUCUUGACAUUCAUACACUAUGGUAACAUACCAACCUGCUCUGCAAGCUGUCAUAAAAAGUCGCCAGGGACAACAGCACCAAGCCGAGAUCUGCUGCUGAAUGACCGGGUACCUGCAAAGUUACUCUCUUCAAACAGCACCAAGCUGAGAUCUGCUGGUGUAGGUACCAGUAGCUACAUGACCAGGCUGAAGUUGCACGGUGCACGAUGUGUUCUGGCGGUACCAGUACCGGUACAGUGGCAAGCUGGAUCGAACUGCUCCCAGAUUCAGUGACGACAGAUCGAACUGUACUGCGUAGUAAGCUCCAAGUUUCAUAAGCUGAUCGUCGGGUUAUUUGGCCAC